CUCUAAUAAGGGAACUAUACUUUGUGAUUGUGUCUUGAUAUAAAUAAUUAGAACACUGCUUUGAUUGUUUAAAGCUGGUAUCAAUCUGACGUUUGAUUUGAUCAUCGAAGAUUUCAUUGUAAAUUGAUGAAAAGGAAUUGAUACAAUGGGCCAUUUUAGUGUUCGCUUGAGUCAUUUUUUCGCCAUUGCUUUAGUUUGUCUUAUAUCCGAAGUUUCUACCCAAGGCCAGAAGAAAGGAUUUCGCGGAGGAGAUAAAAGCUAUGGAAUCAAAGUGGAAGCUACAGCGGUCGGUACCAACUUACAAUACAAGCUGCCCGAGGCAAAAGCUAAGUCUUCGUCGCCUACUGAUUGGGAAGUUGACAACGACAACGCAGAAAUGCUCUUUGCUAUGAACUCGCCUAUACUAGCUAAUGUUAUUACUAAGAAUCCCAAAUUUAGCGUCAAAGGACAAUGGCCGGCGUAUAAAACAACGCUUACACUUCCAAAAGGAGUUAAAACCGGUUCAAAGAAGAACGAAAUGGUGGUGAAAUUAGACACAUACCAAGGAAGUGGGUUUGAGAGUUCGGGCGAGGCUCUAGACGAAGAGGAAGUAUCAGGGAGCAGCCAGAAUAUCAAGGAUAAGAAAGUAAGUGAUUCUAGUGAAUCAGGCUCUGGAAUUUACGAAGGUUCAGGAAACAAAGAUCUUGAUGAAACGAUAGACAUAUCUGGAUCCGGUUACGCUGAAAACGAAGAGGCUGUCUCUCACGAGGAGCAAGUAAAUCAAGUUCCGAAGAAAGAGAGCGAACAACCUGAACAAGAAAGAAGAUCAGAUGUGGCUCAAAAGAAGAAUAACGAAAGCGAAGAUGACUUUAAGGAUUUGUCGUUUGAAAAGGUCAGGCUUGCUGUUGAGAGUCUUGGACAUUUUAGUUUGAGAGACGAGAGAACGAGUAAAGCAUUGAAAGACAUAAUAACACACGCCAAGAAAGUCGUGAGAGAAGCCAAAAUGGUGCUGAAUGAUGUUGCAAGUGUCGUCACAAGCGUAAAAGAUUUUGUAAAUGGAAAUUACGAUUUAGAAGAUAAAGAUAAUGAAACGCAAAAUACUGUGCUUGAGGCAAAGAAUGACUCUGGAGUUAAAAAAGCGCGGGAGGAAGCCGAGAGGGCGGCGCUGCAGGCGAGUUAUGCGGCAAAAAGAGCGCAAGCCGCGUCAGAAAUGGCGCGAAAAUUUGCAAACAAAAUCUGGAACUCUGCCAAGACCUCAAGAUCUUUUGGUAAGUCAAGUAACGCAAUUCUCCCCAAGCAAAUGGACAACGAAAGUCUUAAGAAGCAAGGAAAACAGAGUUUUAACGACAAGAACAAGCAGAAUGAGAAAGAAAUGAGUGAUAUCUUGCAAAAUUUUGAAAAAGUACUGGGCAACAAAUUCUUCAAGAUCGAAAGACUUCAGAAGAAAAAUGUCACGCAAGAGCAACGUCGUUAUGGCAACCAUAGUGCCACGAAGACAGAACGUAACUAUGGCAACCAGACGUUAGCGAAUGUAAGUCGUGAACACAGCACCCUGAGGUUUGUGGUUGAUAAGCAGAGAGGUAACCAUAGCAACUACGAUUCUUCUUCUGGCAACAAGAAAACCAUCACAAAGGAAGAAAAAGAAGGAAACAUAGUCCAGAAUGUGCGAUUAAGAAUGAAAUCUGAUGACAAACAAAAAGACAGAGGUAAGACAAGGUUAUUCAAGGGAGAAAAAUCGAAACUUGGAAAAGAGAGCUACAAAAUUGAGGAGGAGAACAGAAAACGAGCUGACAAAAACCAUGCAAAUAAUCGCGAAGCUCUAAAAGCAGCCAAAGUAGAAAAGUUAUUCAGGAAUUCAUCAAAUAAAAAGCCACACAAUGUUGCUCACGGAACCAAAGUCUUUUCGCAGGUUGGACGAAAAAACAUGCCAAAGCUGGUGUUACCAUGGAAACAUCGGUUGCCAGGCGACACAAAUGAGGUAGUCAAAAACGCAGAGGCCCGAUUGGGAACAAACGGUGUUUCCGUAGCCACAGCAGUGAAAACGAGAAAAAAAGACGGAAGCCAAAGGGAAGGUGACAAACUGCAAAUAAAGAAAAAGCUGGAAGAGUCUGGUGGCGUAGAUGAUGACACCAGCACUGAUGAUGACGUCGAUAGCAGUUCUGACCAAUCAGGAUCGACUAUCUCGGGAAGCUAUGACAUAGAAUUGGAAUUGGAACCAGAAAAGCUGGAAUUUGUGAAAGGGGAAGGAAAAAUGAACGAAAAACGGAUCAGGAUUAAAGAUCUGACCGCGAAUGGCCAAAGGGAAAAAGUGCCCCCCGCAACAUUGAAAGAAAUCCUAAAAGCGAUUAAACGUGUAGAAGGAAUCCUUGGAUUCACGAUUGAAAAGAAGAAAACCAAUGAAAAGAAGUCUCGUAUUUAUCAUUAGACUGAAGCAUUAAAAAACACCAGCUGAUCUGAAAUAGUGACGUAGAUAUGACGUCACUGCAAAGCUGUAAAAAUUAACAGCGAAAAAUAAAAAACCGUCCACCAUUGCAAUAAAAAUACAAAACUCAUUAGUUAUUGUGUUACUCGGCUCAUUAGCAAUGCUAUUUUCUUUCAUUUGGAUGCUUGGAAAUUUCUAGAGGAAAAGUGACACUGCAAAUUUUCCCGAUCCUGAUUGGCUAACAUUUUCUCUCAGAUCAGCUGGCAAGUUUAUCAUGGGAGACAUUUUAAAGAUAAUUAAUGAGGUUUCUUUGACGUUUUAGGUCAGGGUGUGGGUAUUUCUAUUAAAUCUUAGUCUGCAAACUCGUUUUUCAUAUUUUUCUUGUCUUGAUUAGGGAAUCAAGGGUGUUGUAGUGGUGGUGCACACUCUUCUCACCUCUGGGGUCUCAGGUUUGAUUCCUGGACUCAACAUCACAUACAUUAGUGAAUCAAGGGUGGUGUAGGGGUAGUGCACUUGCCUCUCACCUCUGGGGUCUUAGGUUCCAUUCCCGAACUGUGGCAUCACGUGAUGAAUUUAAGCCUUUAGUUUCAAAAACUUAGGCAAUUUGAAACACAUACAUUUUUGUUUUUGACUAAUUGGCAUACAGACAUACAACGGGCGCAGACUUUUUUCACUAGUAUUAUUGACAUUCGCACGUGUAGCCACUCCCUCUCUCCAUCAUUGCUCUGUUUUAAAGGUAUCUUUAAAAAGCUAAAGUUACACUGGCUUUUGAGAGGGAAGUCGGGACAUGACAACGGUGAACAAGGAGAUCAGUUUUAUUGAACAAUUUUCGGAAUCACAAUUUGGAAUUACAAAAUUCAACAGAAUAAAUCUUGAUUUCAGUAAGCUAGGAAGUCAUAGAACUUCCUUAACUUCAUCAUGUUAGUUAUGCUGAUUGCUGAAUAAAAUUACAUAUGUAAAUCAUCACACAAACUAUCAGUUAUUAAACCUAAUGUUUACCCUAAAACAUAAAUAAUAGUAAACGCACUCGUACUAUACUUCAACUAAGAGGGUCUGGAUCGGGUUUGCUGUCAGCUGACAAAUGCUGAUACUGAAAACGGUGAUUAACUAGGAAGCAUCACCUGCUUCAAUCACCCUACACUACAUACAUAGAGUGCACGCACUAAAACCGUGAACAUUAAA